AUGCAUGCCGAGGGCAUGGACGACGUCUUCUCUACCGAAGACUCAACUGGAACAACACUUGCGUCAAUCUUUGAAUGUCCGGUUCUACGCAAAGCCGUCUUUGACGUUCGUGGAGCCUCGGACUAUUUGUUCCACGAAUGCGAGGUCACCCUCGAUGGGAUAGUAGAUAUCCAGCUCAUGGAGCUCGCAACCAGAGAUGGCUCAAAGGAAUUCCUUAGGGGGUUGGCAACAUGCAUCUGCAACGAUAGCUCCCUAAGCGCCAAGGAAACAUUGCGUUGGCAAGAGUCCAACGACUUUAAAAAUUAUAUCUUUCGUCCUGAGGUCGAUGAGAGCUGUAUUGAGAAGUAUAUGGAGACCCCUCUACGCACCGAAAUGAUAGACCACUGUGCAUAUUCCCUGGUAGUAUUAUCCCGCCUCUACGAUGUUUAUGAUGCGAGACUCAAGCAAGGUGCAACCAAAUUCUGGAAAACAGAAAUUCGCUCUGUCACCAAAGCCCGGAUUAACGACACCAAAAAGGAGGAAUUCGACGUGUAUGAUAGGGAAAACGCCUAUGGGCCUUGGGAUGAGGAAGAACUGAAAAUGAAAAUGGAGCGGCGGGACAGUUGUCCACGAGGGGUUACAAAUCGGACAGGGGGUAAAGAAUUCUGGGAUCUGCUAGCUCGGAAUGCCUCUGGUGGUUCUAACAUUGGGUGUUGA